CUUUCCCUUUCUCUUUCCCUUCCCCUUCUACCUUCCUUCACUCAUUGCGACCUUCCCCCGUCUACGACACCGGAUCUACAUCAGAUGCUCCGUUCGCAGUCGUCCUAAGGAUUGUCGCACGCGCACGAGCACCUCUUCGACCUCUAUAGACAUCGACAUCGACGAGCCCGCGUCAAGCGACGACAAUAACGAGCCACCAUGUCCAACGAAUACAAUUACGACAACGAUGCCCAAUUCUUCCCUUUCUUCGUGCUCACCGUCACCUCGCUCAUCACCGUCCCCCUCACAUACUCUCUCCUCCGCUCGCCGAGAGACGUUUCGACCCUCCAAAAUGCCGGCCACAUUGAGUCGGACUACAAGCCGGUCCAUGCCGACAUCAUCACUGCGCAGCGUGCCAAGCAGAAGCGGAAAGAGGUGCGCAUGAAGCGUAUCAUCACUGCAAUCAGCGGGUGGGUGGUCAUGGCCUACAUGGUCUACUUGGUCAUGACGACCACGCGAGAGGCGGCUACCAUCUGGAAUCCCUUCGACAUCCUUGAUGUGCCCAUGUCAGCCACGGAGAAGGUCAUCAACUCUCGCUAUCGAAGGCUCUCCAUUACUAUGCAUCCCGACAAGCGUCACGCGAAUCCCGCCCUGAACCUGACGACCGAAAUCAUUAACGAUGAAUGGGUGGAGAUCACAAAAGCCUACAAAGCCCUCACCGACGAGGAGAUUCGCAAUAACUGGGAGCAAUAUGGGAACCCCGACGGCAAGCAGAGCACGAGUUUUGGCAUAGCCCUUCCGAAGUUACUCGUGGCUGAGGGAAGUGGCAAGUACGUGCUUGCCUUUUAUGGCCUCCUGCUCGGUAUUGGCCUCCCGUGGCUGGUGGGCAGAUGGUGGUACGGAAUGCAAAAGGUGACUCGUGAGAAGAUAUUGGUGACCAGUGCGGGCAACAUGUUUAAGGAAUACAGGGAUCGCAUGGAUGCAGGCGAUGUCCUCGCUGCCGUGAGCACUGCCUCGGAGUUUGACGACAUCUUGAGCGGCACCAAGGCGGAUGCCGGAUUGGGCAAGGUCGAGAGCAAGCUCGCCUCAACAGAAGCCAGCGACGCCAUCAUGCUGCCAAAGGACAAGACCAAGCUGAAGGAGGUGGAAGAGCCCGUGCGCCGCAAGACCCUUGCGCUGCUAUGGGCCUAUUUGACACGCCUGGAUCUUGACGAUGCCACGCUGGAGGCGGAAAAGUACGAGCUUGCACCAACCGCGGAGAGACUCAACCAGGCUUUCGUGUCCAUGUGCCUAGCAUAUGGCCUCACUGCUCCCGUGCUUGCAUCAUUUCACCUCAGCCAGAGUCUCGUCCAAGCCAUCCCCCCCAGUUCUGCCGGUAAGGCACCUCUACUGCAGCUUCCACACUUCACACCAUCCGCAAUUCGGGAUAUUGAGACUGCAGCCAACGAUAAGAAGGAGCACAUGACCAUCCAAUCUUUCAUGGCUCUGCCAGCCGAACAACGUCAGGCACUCGCACAAGCCGCCGGAAUCACGAAUGACCGCCUCAAGGUUGCGGAGGAUGUCUCGAGAAAGCUGCCAUACUUGAAGGUCGAGACAGCUUUCUUCAAGGUUGCUGGCGAGAAGUACAUCAUCCCUUCUUCGCUCGUGCAACUCGUCAUCAAGGCUCGUUUCAUCCCUCCCGGAACGCCCGCUUCCAGCAUUCCCAAGGUCAACCCAGACGACUUACUCGAUGUCGAUGCUGCAGAAGGUGACAUUCAGGCUGCGAAGAAGGAACCGGAACAACAUAACAUUCCCCUCGCCUAUGCACCAUAUUUGGCUCGUGAUCGCGCACCCAAGUGGCAUGUAUUUCUCGCCGAUAAUCGACAGGGCAAGAUCGCCGUGCCUCCUUUCAGCUUUCAAACCUUUGACAAGAAACCGUUUGACGAUGCCGGAAAGCCAACAUUCAACGUUGUGACCCUGAAGAUGCAAUUCGGAGCACCACCACAGGCGGGCGAGUACAAGUUUCAGAUGCACAUGAUUUGCGACAGCUAUGUUGGUUUUGACCACAAGCAAGAACUCAUCAUGAACAUUGACGACGCGAGUCGAGCUGAAGAGGUGGACGAUGACGAUGACAUUUCAGAGCCGGACGAGGACACCAUUGCCGGUCAACUGGCAGCACUCAAAGGUGAUGCGACUGCCCAAGAUGCUCCCAGGAAAGCAAAGAAGAUUAAGCCUACCGAAGAAGACAGCGACUAUGAAUCAGGCACAGACGACGAGGAGGGUGCUUCAUCUGGCUCCGAAACUGAUACAGACACGGAUUCCGAAGCAGAAGACGACAAUCCCAAGGGCAAGUCAUGGUGGUAGUAGCAUUGUGAUCACGAAAUUCAGACAAUACCUAGUGUUAGUGCGGUGGUUACGAAACGGGAGACAACUAUGUGGGGUCAUGGAGCAUAGCGUGGCGUUCCGGGGUCUUUGUUCACACUCAUCGAGCCCUCGCGUUCGUUCAACGUAGUCUGAUUAGAAUUAUGAGACGCAUGUCAUAAUCUUCACGAGAUUCAUCUCCCGCGCUUGUGGUGGGAGGUUCUUGGUGGCGUUUUUGCGAAUGGCGGAGGGAUCAUGAACGGGAAGGCGUCUGAUAAGGGCUCGCAGCCAGCCGCUUGGUAAAGAGAGAGAAUGCGAGAGCAGUCACACAAGCAAUGACCAUUCAUUAACAGUUUGAUUAAAAAGCUGUCGAGAUUCCAGAUUCUUCAAAGCACCAACGACGACGACGACGACGGCUACGACAUGAGAGAGUGACCGACUGACUUACGCCCCGCCGGUUCCAGCCAUCGGCUUGCCUUCCAAGUUCUUCGCACCAAAGAAAGGAAGUCAUCAUUCUUUCUCAAGGUCUCUCGGCGCGUCAAACUGUCCGAGACUUGCUCCUCGGAGGAUACUGGCUUGUAUAGAAUAGGUCGGUGUCUUAUCUUAGACUAGGUAAUAUCAUAACAUCGUAGUCUAUCUUCGU